AUGGCAGCGGACAAGUGGAGCGAUCAGAUCAGGGCCUGUGGCUUGUUCUUCAUCUCCAUCGUUGUUCUCAUGGUUAUUCCCCUCGUUUACCACUGCUUCGUCUUCUUGACUGCGCUGCCGCUAUGGGGGCCGAACCCUGCCAGCUGCGUCACGCUGUUGAUCUGCUUCCACAUCCUCUUCAUCCUGCUGCUCGUGAGCUACUGGAAAGUGAUCUUCACAGACGCCGGUGGGGUGCCGUACGAGCUGGACGAGGCGUGGAUCUCAGAAUUGAACCUCGCUCAUCGAUUUGGUCUGGAAGCUGAAGUGUCAGAGAGGGUGUCGGACAAGGACGAGAACUCUCCUCUCACUGUGCCGAGUGCAGAGAGGAAGCUGGAUGGAAGGCAGCGAUACUGCCGCAAGUGCAGGAAGUUCAAGCCUGACCGGGCGCAUCACUGCAAGUACUGUGGACGAUGCGUCUUAAAGAUGGACCACCAUUGUCCUUGGGUGAACAACUGCAUCGGCUACUGCAACUACAAGUACUUCAUUCUGUUCUGCUCUUACGCCACCAUCACCUCCUUUUACGUGGCCUGCACCAUCUUCAUCGGCUUCAUCACAACCCUGAUCGAGCGGAGGCCAAUCCAGUUCACCGUGGUCGAGUUCGAGUACUUCGUUGUGUUCUGCCUCAUGGUGGCUGUCACUGUGGUGCUAACGGGAUUCACUGGUUUCCACUACAUGCUCCUUCUCAAGAACAUGAGUACCAUAGAGCACGUGGAGAAGAGAGACCCGACCAAGAAGGAUCAGGUCAACCCGUUCGAUUUGGGGAGGGAGAAGAAUUGGAGGCAGGUUUUCGGUGACGAUGUCUGGACCUGGUUCCUGCCCAUUGCACCGCCCAGCAGCAGCAAAAGUGUCGGCGACGGGGUUCAUUGGGAGACCAACGAGAAUCUCCAGCAGAUGGAGGAUCAGGCAUAG